AUGAACCUCCAGACAGACUUUGAAGAUACUGUGAGUGAAAUUGAUAAAGAAUCUGAAACUGAAAAUCAAAAAGGUGAAGAAGCAUGUGAAGAAGUUUAUCAAGAAAAUGUCACGCAACGACCAAGAAGAUAAAGAAAGCUGCUGCAAAGACUUUAAGGUUGUAUUAUUUAUGAUGAUUAUGAAUGUAUCAUAGUAUAUACGAAAUACAUGAAAAGUUUUAAAAAAAAAAGAAUGUCAUAGAGCUAUAGAAGAAGAAAUCUUGCAAUAAUAUGAAAAAUAAUACAUGGGAACUUGUUGACGAAAAAUGUGCAAAAGAAAAAAAAAACUGUUACAGGAAAAUGGAUUUUUAAGAUAAAAGAUUAUAGAAAAUACAAGGCAAGAUUGGAAGCCAGAGGCUGUCAGCAAAAUUCUGAAAAUAUGGAUUUCAAGGAUAUUUUCAGUUACGUAGUUCAGACAGGUAAUCUAAGGUAAUGUAGGUACUCCUUUUUACUUCGGUUGCUUAAAGACAAAUAAAAAUUAUGACUAUUGAUGUAAAGACUGCUUUUUUCUGAAUGGGAACCCGGAAAAGAAAUUUUAAUGAAGAUCCCAGAAAGAUACAAUGCUCCAGAAAAAAUAUGUUUACUCAUAAAGGCUCUCUACGGAUUAAAACAGGCACCUUUGCAAUGCAACAAACGUCUUACUGAUUUUUUGAAAGAUAAAAAUAUCAAACAACUAAACUCAGAUCAAUGUGUUUUCAAAAGGAAGAACAAAGAUAAGCAAAUGUUUUUAGCUAUUCAUGUUGAUCAUGGCAUUCUAUUUGGUGAAGAUAAACAUGAAAUGAAUAUGCUGUCUGAAGGACUUAAAAAAUUGUGUGACAUAAUUAUACACAAAAACCCAACUCUCAAGUGUAACAAACAAGUUUUAAAGAAAUAUCAAAUGGAUUUGUCAAAACCAAUAUCAACUCUAAUUAUUCCAAUUGAGAAGAAUAUUCAGGAAAGUAAAAAUUAUCCUGAUAGUGAUUUCUCAUACCGAGAAAUCAUAGGAAGCAUGUUCUAUUUAUCAUGCAAAAUCAGACCAGACCUGACUUUUGCCGUCAAUUAUAAGAACAGGCCAUUGAAAAAGCCAUUAAGAUAA